AAAAUUAAUCCUCCAUUUAUUUGUACAAUUAGGCUCCCUUUCUCAAUUUUCGCUAAUCUGGCUAAUUCUAAUCCGUGGUGGGUCAGUCCGGUGGGGUUUCCGACCACCGCCCCGAUAUCAACCACCGUCGACGGCAGUGGAAGAGAUAAAGAUGAGGAAGAAGAUGAGGCAAAGGGUGGGGGUGUGGAGGUCGGAAACCGCAGAUCGAGAGGGCGGCCACCGGGAUCAAAAAACAAACGAAAAUCUCCAAUCAUCGUCACCCGCGACAGCCCUCACACGCUUAGCACCCACGUGAUAGAGAUCGUGGGAGGAGCCGACGUCGCGGACAGCAUAAACCAAUUCUGCUGCCGACGGCAACGUGGAGUUUGUGUUCUCAGUGGCAGCGGUACGGUUGUGGACGUAACAGUCAGGCAAUCGGCGGGUUCCGGCGCAGUGAUCCAACUUCGUGGCCGGUUCGAGAUUUUGUCUGUGAGUGGGUCUUUUCUUCCCGGUCGAGACCCUCCCUGUUCAACCGGGCUGACCGUAUACUUGGCUGGCGGCCAGGGGCAGGUGAUUGGAGGGACGGUAGUGGGUCCACUAUUGGCCGGUGGGCCUGUAAUAUUGAUUGCUGCUACCUUUGCUAAUGCAACUUAUGAGAGACUUCCCUUACAACACCAUCAUAAUUAUGAAGAAAGAGAGGUUUCUCCCGCCACCACGAGUGCCGGAGAACUGGAGGAGCCCCUGCCUUAUCCUCGGAUCGAAACUUCAAUUUACGACUUGAUUCCACCGAAUAAUAAUAAUAAUCAUGCACUCGAUGGCUAUGCUUGGACUCAUGACAGACCAUCUCUUGUUUAAUUUCACUCUACUGUAUUUUGAAAUUUCUCUUAUGAAUUUUCAUGCUCUUUUUUUUUUCUUUAUUUUUUUUUUAAAUUUUACAAAAUGUUUAGUUCUAUUAUCUCUAUUUCAAUACAUUCAUAUCAUUAAUACA